AUGGUAGCAGUUAGGGAACAGGAAAAGGGUACCACCCCAUGGGUAACUGCUAUUUCCACUGACAUGAUGAGCCCUGAACCCACAUUAAAGGACCUGCAUCUGAAACCCUUUAGCUCAAGGGAGAUUAAAGAAGCACAACAAUCGGAUAAUGCAAUACGUUACACCACCUACCACAAGACCCAUGGUUUUAAACCGGGUAGAGAGCAACUGCAGAAUGCACCUCAAGGCACUGCCAACCUUAUGAGAGAAUGGAAGAGACUGGAAGUUGAUGAACAGGGUAUCCUGAGACGAAGAACAGCCUCUAGAAUCCAGCCAGUUCUACCGCAUGCCUUUAUCCCAUUGGCCAUCAAUGAACUGCACACUGAAAUGGGACACCUAGGUGCAGAGAGAGUUGCCAAACUGGCCCAAGCCUAUGCAACACGCAACAAAACAGCCCGUACGGCUGCUGAGAAGAUAUACAAUGAGUUUAUCCCGAGGUUUGGUUUCCCAGCGCAAAUACAUCAUGACCAAGGUGGUGAGUUCCACAACAAAUUGUUCCACAACCUCGAGCAUCUUAGUGGAGUUUCUAGUUCACAAACCACUCCAUACCAUCCCCAGGGUAACAGCCAGGUAGAACGCAUGAACCACACCUUACUCUCAAUGCUAAGGACCCUCCCAGAAGAAAAGAAAGCGAACUGGAAAGACUCCUUAAACAAGCUCAUCCCUGCUUACAACUACAGACGACAUGAAACCAAUGGAUUUUCUUCAUUUUAUCUGAUGUUUCGCCAUUCUCCGCGAUUACUGAUUGAUUUGCUGUUCGAUUUGGAUGAUAGCCUUCAUCACGGUGACUACCCAGACUAUGUGAAGACCUAG